ACAAUAGCAAGACGAAAAUUAAGAGGGGCACACGACACACACAGGCAGCCCUACAAGUGGAGCUUUGGAGGGAGGGAGGCCUGGCCUCGUAGUUUCGGUGCCAGUGGUGAAAAGUGGCAGCUCUGCCCACAUUCCUACACCACCGCCCACCGCGGGGCCACCGUCUCCAUGGCACCACUUCUCCAUCUCCAAUCCAACUGCCCUUGCGAUGCUCUGCCUGCUGCACAUUUUCCUCCCACUACUACACUUUAUUAAUCACACAGACCGAAUCCCACGCCUUCUCUUUCCUUCCCCUUCGUUCUCUCCCUGCUGCUCUGCUCCUGCCGCCUGGCUGCCGUGCCGCCGCUGAUCCCUCUCCCUCUCUUCCCCCUCAAAGCCCCAAUUGCCGGGUGCUCCUCUUCCACCCCCAUUGCCGACUGCUUCCCGCCAGAGAGUGGGGAAGGGAGGGGGGUGAGAAGGGAGAUGGCUUCUUGGAUAGGGAGUGGGUAAGAAUCACACGAUGCAGUUACCUCCACCUUUCUCUCUUCUCCUUUUGCGGGCAUAUUCUUCACCUCCGCCUGCCUAGAUCCUUCUUUCUUUGGCCCGGCUUAGCUUCCAGUCUCACCAACAGUUCUGACCUCGGAGCAUCUAUCAAUCGGCCCACUCCACUCUCUGGUAAGGCAACCAGCCACGCCACGGCACCCUUUUUGUUCGAGAAUCUGCUUGCCCGCGUCGCCGUCGUGGCUUUGUUCCUCCUCGCGACUGAUUCGUCGGCCUGAGUCGUCACUUUUUGUCUAAUUGGUUUCAGCGCCGGUUCCAUCGGGUUUUGAUGCAAGAGUAGAGGAGUUGUUGCUAGGUUGUUGUGACUGGUUGUUGGAGAGCAGGAGCCAGAUUGAGGAGAAUUUCAGCCAAUUUUAGCGGAACCGUAAAACCCAUCCCGAGAAUUUUUCCUGCGCCUCCUACGGUUAGGAGCUGUGGCUGGACAGUGCCUGCCUACGCUCUGGAGUUUUAGUGCAGUUUUACAAGUUUUCAGUCAAUUUUGAUCAAGCUCAGGGGAAGUACCAAUUUGGGAGUGCUAGCUGCUGCUGCAGCAGCAGCUGCGGGUUCCUUGGUGGCAGAUGGGUUGCUCCAACUCUAAAGUGGACAAUGAGGAGCCUGUGAGGCGCUCCAAGGACAGGAGGCAGCUCAUGAAGCAGCUGGUGCGCCGCCGCCCUGAGCUUGCAGCUGUGCACAUUGCGUACCUGCACGCCCUCCGUAACACAGGAGCCACUCUCCGGCAAUUUGUGGAGCUGGAGUCUGCAUUGUCACAGCAGCCUCCCGUAGACCUUGUGGUGCCGCCCUCGCCUACUCCACAGCCUCCUCCUCCUCCUCCUCCUGAACUCUCGGUGACAUCCUCAUUGCCACCCUCGCCAUGCCCCCCGCCGCCUGUCCCUUUUAGUCCAGUAACAACCAUAAGAAAGAUGGAGAAGAGGGAUGGUGAGCUCCCACCACCACCACCACCUCUGGUUUUGAGUCCGAUAAGAUUAAGGAAGAUGGAGGAUGAGUUCCAUGGGGGUGAUUUUACUGAUGAUGACGACACUGACAGCUGCUCGACUCCUCUACCACCACCCCUGCCACCCGGCAUAGAUUGGGAGGACUUGGAUCCCUACAAUGUGUGCCCCUUGAGUUUCCCAUCUCCAUUUGCUGAUAGGAAUGAUAAAGAAGUGGCCUCGCAUGUGACCAUGGACAAUGAUCCUGAAGUAGACACAGAAUUUUAUGGAGAGGAGGAUGAAAGCAUGCUUGGCAAUAAUGAUGUCAUUGUGGAUAGGGUCCAUGUGAAUCCAGCCAAGGGUAGGGCUCUGGGUGAUGGCAACUCUUCAACGGUGAGCUGGGUGACAAAGGAUUCAGACUCUAUGGCGGUGCCUUGGAGGAGUAAGAAGUCGCUUGUAGAGAUUGUUAAGGAGAUUGAUGAGUACUUCUUGAAAGCAGCAGCAAGUGGGAAUGACGUUGUGAUUUUUUUGGACUCUGCUGGUGGACGGCCUGAUGCCUUAGAGGUAGAGGCAAAGAAAGGUGCAGGAAAAAAUUCUAAACCUGCGAAGGUUUUCUCCACGCUUUCUUGGAGCUGGUCUUUUAAAUCUCAGCAGGCUAGCAGAGAAGCCUCAGUUCUGAAUUCUAGUGCUUCUGGAUAUGGUUACCAUGGCAAGACACUGGAGAAGCUUUAUGACGAGGAACAAAAACUCUACAAGUUAAUCAAGGAUGAAGAAUUUGCAAGGCUCCAGUAUAAGAAACAUGUCUCAGUGCUACAAAAGCUGGAAUCAGGAGGGCAUGAUAGACUGCAUGCCGAAAGACUUCGGGAUUCUAUUGAAGAACUGCAAACUCGGAUAAUCUCAUUGGAAGAAGCUGUGAGUUUGGCAUGUUUUUCCAUAUCAAAUCUCAGAGACGAGGAAUUAUAUCCUCAGAUCAUUGAAUUAUCUGCAGGGCUUGUGCAUAUGUGGAAAAACAUGCACGAGUGCCAUCAGGUCCAGAACCAUAUUGCCCAGCAAGUUAGUCUCCUUGGCAACAGACCUGGGAGUGAACCAACAAGUGACACUCAUCGCCAGGCAACAUCUCAGCUGGAAAUUGAGGUGUCUGGAUGGCACACUGCCUUCUGCAAUCUUAUCACAUCGCAGCGUGAAUACGUUAGCAUCCUUAGCCAAUGGAUUGGUCUCACAGACUGCCUUCCGGAUGAUGGUGGCUUAAUGAGAAGUUCAUCUGGAAUCCUUAGCCUCUCUGAGGAACUCCAGCGUGCUCUUGACAGGCUACCAGAGAAGGUAGCAGCUGAAGCGAUAAAGACCUUUAUGUCAGUCAUACACUCUAUAGUUGUACAGCAAAGUGAAGAGCGCCAACUAAAGAAGAAGUCAGAUAACAUGGAUAGCAAGUUCCAGACCCAGUUAGAGAAACACAGUGAAAAUACAAUGCAAAACUCGGCCCAGCCUCCAAAUAAGAAUAACUAUUCAGCAUCAAAGAAUGGAACGAAACUGGAUGCAUUUAUAAAGCAGGUCGAGGAGGAGAAAGCCAGAUACCUAACCUCUGUGAGGGUAAGCCGAGCCAUGACACUGAACAGUCUGCAGACAAGCCUUCGAAAUGUGUUCCAUGCUCUGGAGGGAUUCUCAGGAGUGUGCGUACAGGCAUUUGAAGGUAUCAGCAGAUGCAGUGAAGUUGCUGUUAUUCACUCGGGAGCAGCUUCACCUGCUAUUUCCUCGUGACCUUGCUUCAAUGACUGUGAUUAUUCAUUGUAAGUAGGCAAAGGAUAAACUGGUUCCACGUGAAUACCCUUCGCUUCUAAUUUUCAGAACUUUGAAUAGCUUUCGGGGGAUUAUGUGAAGUCAAUAUAGGCAUAAUAGUCUUGAAUACAUCACAAUGUCUCAACUUACAUUUUGGUUCUUAUUGCAUGGGAUGUACUGCUCUGUACAUAAUCAUUUACAUUUUGACCGAACCAGUAUUUUUCUCCCUUCACAUUAUAUCUAUACAUAAUUGUUUUGAUUC